UCCCUUGCGCUGACAGAGGUUUACUAUAAUUCCUGAAUAAAAAUGUCACUGUUUUCUCAAGCUGCUGAAGGUGUUAACAGUGAUGCGUGUUUGUGCAGAGGUUGGAAUGGAGUUUAGGUUUGUGAUCUGGAUGCUUUUGACUGCAGCCUCCUCAGCUCCAGUACCGGACCAGUACAGCAGAGCAGUGGAUUGGUUGAGCAGGUAUGGCUACCUCCCUCCUCCAGACCCACGUACAAGUAAGCUGCAAACCAAAGAUGGAAUUGAAAAAGCCAUCCGUGUCAUGCAAAGAUUUGGAGGCGUGAAAGAAACCGGAGUGCUCGACAGUGAAACCCUGAAACUCAUGUCAACACCACGCUGCUCCCUGCCCGAUAUUGUCGGGGAUGAGGACAUGCUGAAGAAGAGGAGGAGGAGGAAGAGAUACGCACUGUCUGGCCUCAAGUGGCACAAGACAGACCUCACAUGGAGUGUCCACAGUUACCCGUCUCCUUCCCAGUCACGCUCCCUGCCUUCCCACUUGGUGGACAACAUCCUGGUACAUGCCUUCAAAGCCUGGAGUGACGCGACCCCAUUACGUUUCCGUCUCAUUCCGUCUCGAGGGGUCGAGGCUGGAGGCGACAUCAGAGUGUCUUUUUCCCGCUUGUUGCAUGAAGAUGGGUACCCAUUUGACGGGCCCGGAGGCACCCUGGCCCACGCUUUUUUCCCUGGCAUGGCUGAAGUGUCAGGCGACACACACUUUGAUGAUGAUGAGACGUGGAGCUUUCGAGGUGAUGGCAGCACUACAGACUUAUUCACAGUUGCGGUGCACGAGUUUGGCCACGCGCUUGGCCUGUCCCAUUCCUCCUCUGAUCCAUCCAUCAUGAGGCCGUACUACCAGGGUUCUGUGGGUGAUAUUGUCAACUACCGCCUGCCUCUGGAUGAUAAAUUGGCCAUCCAGCAGCUGUACGGUGUGAACCACGGUGAUGUGAGACCAGGUGGUGAAGAUCCAUACAAGCCACAUCUGCCCAGUCCCCCACCUCCAAGACCAACACAACAAUCUGAUCCCUCAAUCCAGGAUCGCUGUCAGGGAAGUUUUGAUGCAGUGGCCAAUAUCAGGGGCGAAGUUUUCUUUUUUAAAGGUGCACAGUUCUGGAGGACCAAGCAGGACAGAUCUUUGGUGUCCCUCAGCCCAGCUCUGAUUAAAAACUUCUGGAUGGGCCUCCCCUCCGGGACGAACAAAAUCGAUGCUGUAUACGAGAGGAAGAGUGACAGCCGUAUCAUCUUCUUCAUUGGAUCUCAGUACUGGGUGUUCAGGGACACGGUGGCCAUGGAUGGUUACCCGCGGCCUCUGUCCGACUGGGGCAUGAAGACAGGGAGCGGGAAGAUGGUGGAAAGAGUCGAUGCAGCCUUUGUCUGGGCCCACAAUGGCAAGACUUACCUGUUCAGUGGUGGAGAGUUCUGGAGGUUUGACGAGAGUCGUAUUGGCCAAGAGGCGAGCAGGCAGCCAGAGCCAGGCUAUCCACGGGACAGCAGCCUCUGGAAAGGUGUUCCUGCCAACGUGGAUGACAUCAUCAGCUGGGGGGAAGGGGACGCCUACUUUUUUAAGGACAAUCUCUACUGGGUACUGAACAGAGGAGGACUGGACCAAGACGACGUGUCUCCUAAAUCCAUCGCUGUGGAUUGGCUCAGAUGUCCGGCUCCAGACAAACCUAAAAUCCCGAAAGACUGCAACUGCUCCUUACGUGGCUCAUCUACAGUUCCCUCGAGCAGUUUGCACAUUUGGUUCUCUGUUAUAUUUUGCAUUUAUAUAUUAAUUAGGAAAUAAAAGCUCUGUUUUGUUUUGAUUUAAACUGAGA